UUUGCACGUGUCAAAGUUUACUAAGUACCAACCAAUGUAAUAAUGUUUUCGAAGGUCUUGAAGUGGGAUUUGAAAGCUUUAUAGGCUUAUACAAACGGACCCCAAGAUACAUCGUCAUGAAACAAUUAUAUGACUGUUCAGUGUUCACAUAUAUUUUCGUGUGUUUUUUUUUCAAUUAUUCGGUAUUUUGUAUUCGUUAUUAGGUAGAAAAGAUGAAUUCCGUUCUGAUUAUUUUGUUUGCUGCAAGUUUGAUGAUCACAGUUUCGCUUUCCUAUCAUGUGGUCGAGAAACAAGAUUUCGAAUCGAUGAAUGAUUUAAAAUUUCUCAAAGAGUGUUCGAAAGAACUAAACCUUACCAAAUACAAUUUUACUGUGGCAUACUUGAGAUCCAUCGGUUUACCAAACAGUUUAGACGAAGGUUGCUUGUUGGAUUGUUAUUUUUUCAAAAUGGGUCAGAUUAAAAAGAAACAACUGUUGACCUACAUGGAACAUAAAUUCGUUGGUCAGCCUCCAAAAUCAGGAACCGAUUUGACGAAUAAAACACAAACUUAUAAAGAGAAAGUGGCUAAAGCAGAGACAGACUGUGGCAAGUUUCUCAAAAUGUUUCGUUUUGAGGAGUGCCUUCUAGUUUCUCAGUAUAGAUAUUGCGUUGCAAAAGUGAUGAACGGCACGCGACUGCCUUUACUAAUAGAUGAUAUAGGCGUUUUUGAAGAAGAUUAGACGUAUCUUUAUUUUGUUAGCUACCUAUCUGAAAUGUUUUCCAAUGGAUUGUAGAAGUGAUUUUUUUAAAAUGAGAUGUUCCAUUUUUGUUGCUGUUAUGUUUCGUAAAUUUUAGAAUUUUUUGUAAAGCUGCUUUGCUAUUUUAUAGAAUUUGAGUUAAUUUACUUUCUUUAUUAAUGAAUUUUGUCAGUGUAAUCAAUUGUCAAUCUUUUAGCUUAGGAAACUACUUUCUUGCAAUAAAAAUCCUGAUAAUUAUGGUCUA